UCUUAAACAACCUGUUUUUUCACACAUACGAAAUAUCGUCGGGUUCUCAGCCUAAGCCAUAAAUUUCCACCAACCACCCAUGAAUACGAAAUCGAAUAGGAUAUGAGUUAGUUUGAUCCGAGCAGAGUUAUGAGUUGGCUUGCCCAUUGAUGGAGAUGAAAUCACUAUUACCUCUUCUUCGCAUGCACUUCGAUAUUAACGAAUGCUUCCUUCUUAUCCUACCUCGUUUGACCAAUUCAUUUUCCUCUAUAGUCUCUCUUCCUCUUUCAUCGCUAAUUCUCAGAGACUAGGAGCCAUUCCUUACCAGGUUAAAGCCUUGUGAUUCUGUAGCUGAAGAUGGGGAAAAAGCGUGUGAUGGUGCCAGUGGAACAGGUUGACUUAUCCACUGUCAAAUAUGAACAAGAGGGUAUCCAAGCUCCACACUUGACUGGAUUCCUGUUUAGGUUCUUUGUUCUGAUUGUUGAAGCACCACUGAUAGGGCCUUUGAUAAUAUCUACACUGCGGAAGUCGAAUAAGAUUGAUGAGUUGUUGCGGAACACUGUGAUACCAGAAGAACCCAUGUUCAAACCUGAAUAUCCACCUCAAGAAAAGGAACCUGGUGUUGUCAUUCUUGAUGAAGAUGGGAGACCUGAUGAUCGAGUUGAAGCUGCGUUGAAUUGUCUUCCGCAUUAUGAUCCUGCUGCAUGCUGGGGGAAUUCCUCUUUGCCAUUUCGGUACUGGAAAAUACGUGAUUAUGCUUAUGCUUAUCGAUCAGGAAAAGUAACACCAUCUAUGGUAGCAGAGAAUAUCAUUUCUGUUAUGGAGGAGAUCAGUAAUAAGAAACCCCGGGAACCACUAUUGAUAUCUUUUGAUGCUGAGGAAGUCAGGAGGCAGGCAGCUGCAUCUACUCACAGAUUUGAAGCAGGAAAUCCAUUAUCUAUUUUGGAUGGAAUUUUCAUGGCCAUUAAGGAUGACAUAGAUUGCUACCCCCAUCCAUCUAAGGGUGCUACUACAUGGAUGCAUGAGGUACGCACUGUUAAAAAGGAUGCUGUCUGUGUUUCAAGGCUGCGCAGCUGUGGCGUCAUAUUUGUGGGGAAGGCAAAUAUGCAUGAGUUGGGCAUGGGAACGACAGGGAAUAAUCCUAAUUACGGAACUACAAGAAAUCCUCAUGCACCUGAUAGGUAUACUGGUGGAUCUUCUUCAGGUCCAGCUGCAAUUGUAGCUUCUGGACUUUGUCCUGCUGCACUGGGAACUGAUGGGGGAGGUUCAGUCCGCAUUCCUUCUUCCCUUUGUGGUGUAGUUGGGGUUAAAGACAACUAUGGACGGACAGAUAUGAAAGGGUCAUUAUGUGAUUCUGGGACUGUGGAAAUUAUUGGACCCAUUGCUUCAACAGUGGAGGAUGUCAUGCUAGUGUAUGCAGCAAUGUUGGGUUCAUCACUUGCAAACAAAAUCAGUAUGAGACCGGUAAUUAAUCUUUAACUUUGGUUUAUAUUCUUAGAAAUAAGUAUAGAAGACUAAAAUUUAACGUUGAACUUCUAAUUGUAAAUUACAUAGAAGUUGGCUCAAAUAAAUUCUGUGCGGAGCUACAUAUUCUUAGCAUAGAAGUGGACUGGAGAAUAGGAAUAAAAAAGACGACUUUUCACUUAUAAUUUAGGAAAGGUAAGGAGACAAUUUUCAAAUUUCUAAGAACACUUUUCCGGGAAACGUUACCAAAAGUAUUUGUGAUAGCUUCUGUUUUCCUUGGGUAAUUUUUUUACAAUAUUAAACCAGGCCAUGCUUUUUUCUCGCAUACAUGUUUCUUUAUUACCUUUUUCAAUAUCAAAGCAGAUCUUCUGCUUCUUGUACAGAAUUACCAUGUGGUAGAUCCAUAUUUUUAUUCCUAGCUAUUCAGUUUUGUAUAUAUAUUUUUUGAUUUCAGGAAAUUAAAAUACAAGAUAAAAACAAUCUUCUAAAGACAAACGAAUUGUUUUCACUAAUGUUUUGCUUCCUUGAAAAUAAAGAGACUAGUAAAUUUAGAUUGUUUACACUUAUAUGGAGUGCUACUUCUGUGCAAAAAGCAAAGGAUCUGUUUUGAUUCCAAUAUCAUGCCUAGUCUUUUCUCAUCUUCUUUUCUUCAAAGUGAAUGAUAAGAUUCCAGAUAGCGUGCCCAUAAAGACUUAUUCAAGAAGGAA